GGAAGUCCACAAUCCACAUCCACAUUCAUUUAGUGAUCUGUCGUCUGUUGAAGGUAAGAAAUUUGUUCUUGCUAAAAAACAAACGGAAAGCAUUAAAAAUUAAAAUAUCAAGAAAGGAAAUAAGUUCAUUGCAAUGAGCAGUCUACAACUUAGUUCGUUUCCAAGCUCUCCGUUUGUAGAGUCUGAAGAAAAAACCAAAUUUGUUAAAUGUGCAAACUAUGCAAAUCACUUUAUUGAGGAACUAUUUUCUUUGUUUGAAAAAGGCGAUCUCACAGAUGUUUGCAUUAUCGGUUCGGAUGAAGUCCGAUUCAAUGCUCACAAAAAUGUUUUAGCAGUUGGAAGCGAUUUCUUUGCUGCUAUGUUUGCUAGUCCACUUAAAGAGUCCGUUACAAAUGAGGUGCGAAUCCAAGAAGUAAAUGGUGAGAUUUUAAAAUCUAUCCUAGAAUUUAUUUACACUGGCACUAUUGAGCUCAAGUCAAAAAGUGUGCCGGAGAUUUUGAGUGCAGCGCACUUUUUUCAAAUGCAAUCAUUAAUUUUCGAAUGCCAAGAAUUCAUGGUACAAGAGUUGGAUCCUAGUAACUGUUUAGGCAUAGCCCUAUUCGCUAAGCAACAUGAUUUAAAAGACCUCUAUGAGACGGCUUUUCAGUUUGCUUGUACCCAUUUUGAAGAAGUAUCUAAAAUGGAAGAGUUUCUCAAUCUCAGCGAAGAUCAAGUGGUUAUGAUGAUAAGUAAUGAAGAACUUUGUGUGACAUCGGAAAAGACUGUUUUUUUAAGCUUGAUCAAAUGGAUCGAACAUGACGAACAGUAUCGUCAACAAUCUACUUUGAAACUACUCUCACACGUUCAUUAUUGGUCACUAAGUCCUCAGUUUAUAAGGCAAAAUCGAAAUAAACUAUCCAACGAGACUAAAAUUAUCGACAUGAUCUGCACUUGGCUUGAAUGGCAUUGUUCGCCAGGUAACUUUAGACUAAAGUCCCGUAAAUGUUCGAAUGAUAAGCUUGUUGUAUUACACAGAGAGAAUAUGCAUACUUAUAAUCCAGAGGAGAACAUAUGGGAAAUCACAAUUCUACCAGAACUUCCGGCAAGUUACGGAAAAGUAGUUGAAAUGAAUGGAAAGCUUAUUAUCCAAAAUGGUGGUACCUUGAAUUGCUUUGAUCUCAAGACAUAUCAAUUGACUGUUUUACCAGAAUAUAGUAUGAUAAGAACAAGUUUUGGAUUAGCUGUAUUGAAGAAUGAGUUGUAUGUUGUUGGUGGUUGCCGUAAUAAUUCUUGGGUUGGAUUUGUACAUAAAUUCAAUUUUACUUUAAACGAAUGGAGAGUUGUAACUUCUAUGUCGAAGCCAUUAACGUAUCCUGUAGUUGCCGUUGAUGGAAGAUAUUUACAUGUAAAAGGUAAUGAAGAAUUCAUGGGAAGCUAUGAUUCCGAAACCAAUCAUUGGACUUGGACACAUUUUCCAUUUGAUAGCCUUUCGGAGUUCGGUUUUGCAAGUAUAAAUGAAAAAUUAUUUAUUGUUGGACAACCAAAUAGAUCAAUAAGUAGUUGCGUUUAUGAACAUUCUUAUGGUAAAUGGAAAAUUCAUGAUAUGAAACUUGCGUUCAACAGUCCUAGUUGCAUAUCCUGGAAUAAUCGAUUAAUUAGUUGCGGAAAAAAUGAUAAUCUCAUCUCAUGUUUAGAAUACGAUCCCGAAUUGGAUAUAUGGAAGGCCUUGGCUCCGCUUGAUGGAAUAUCAAAUAAUAACUAUGAAUUAGUUAAUAUACAAUAUGAAUAUAAAUAAAUAUUGCAAUAUAA